AUGCCGGCCCCUGAGUUAAGGCCCGAGAGCGUUGUAAGUUCGCAUUUAACAUCUCUGAACACAGGAAGCAAAGACUCAUGGAAUUUGAAGCUUGACGCGCAUUUUAGCAGCGUGAUGAAGGACCUCGGGGCUGCCCAGCAGCCCAAAACUUUGGAAAGUACAAAUAAUGCGACCAAGAUAGAGAGAAGCCUCUGUCGGGAUACUAAGCCCUGCGAGCCGAUCGCCGUGGUAGGCAUGGCAAUGAGAUUGCCAGGCGGAGUGCGGUCGGAGGAUCAGUUUUGGGAAUUCUUGAUGAACAAGCAAGACGCUGUGACCAGGGUCCCAGAAUCCCGAUACAAUGUUGAUGCCUUCUAUCAGCAGGCGAAGCCGAAUGCUGUUCGAACGAAGAAAGGGUACUUUCUGCAGGAAGAUCCUACGGAGUUCGAUACUGGCUUCUUCGGCAUAACCAACUACGAAGCAAGUCGGCUUGAUCCUCAGCAGAGACUUCUGCUUGAGGUUGUGUGGGAGUGCAUGGAGAAUGCAGGCCAGGUAGACUGGAGAGGCAAGGAUAUUGGGUGCUGGGUUGGAGUGUUCGGGGAGGACUGGAUGGAUCUAUGCGCCAAGAAUAUACAAUAUACUGACCGACUACAUGCUUUAGGGGCUGGGGACUAUGCUCUGGCAAACCGUAUCUCAUAUGAAUAUGACCUUACAGGGCCAAGUAUGACCGUUCAGACGGGCUGCUCAUCGUCACUGGUAGGGCUACACGAAGCAUGCCGCGCUAUCAGUACCGGCGAUUGUUCCUCGGCGAUCGUUGCGGGCACCAGUUUAAUCUUGAGCCCCACGAUGACCACGACUAUGUCCGAGAACAUGGUCCUCUCCCCCGACGGGAUCUGUAAAACGUUUGAUGCUGGGGCGGAUGGCUAUGGACGCGGUGAGGCAAUCAAUGCGGUUUAUUUAAAGCCAUUGAAAGACGCUGUGGCAGCUGGUGACCGAGUACGAGCCGUCAUCCGCUCAUCUGCAACGAACUGCGAUGGUAAGACUGUGGGUAUCACGACCCCUGGAGCACCAACCCAAAAGCAGUUGAUUAGGAAGGCCUAUCAAAGGGCAGGGAUCAGUAAUAUCACCGAUACAGCCUUUUUCGAGUGUCACGGAUCUGGAACCGUGGUUGGUGAUACAGCAGAACUGUCGGUUGUUGCAGAUCUUUUCAAGGAGAAAGGUGUCUAUAUCGGGGCGGCAAAGCCAAACUUUGGUCACUCAGAGGGUGCUUCGGGCAUCACAGGAAUCAUCAAAGCUGUGUUAGCCCUCGAAAAGAACGUGAUACCGCCUAACAUCCAUUUUAAGGAACCGAAUCCUAAGGUACCAUUCAAGGAAGCCAUGCUUAAAGUGCCGCUCGAGCCAACCCCUUGGCCACAUGACAGGCAACCCAGAGUAAGCGUUAACUGUUUUGGAAUCGGUGGAUCCAAUGCACAUGCAAUCCUGGAUUCUGCUGUAUCAUACGGGCUGGUGCCAGACCGUAAACCAUCUCAGAACGAAAGCCCGGCGCCUUUUCUUUUCCUGGUAUCUGCUGCAAGUCCAACUGCGUUAACACAAUGCGUGAACAACUUGACCGAAUAUGUUGAGCGAACCGCUCCAGCAUUCCGAGAUCUGGCGUAUACCCUCGCCAUGAAACGGGAGCAUCUAGAACACCGCACUUUUCUUAUUGGCGGGGUAGAUGGCACCAUUUCCAACAGCGAACGGAAGGGACGUCGGUUCGAGACCACGCUGUUGACAUUCGUGUUCACUGGGCAAGGCGCUCAAUGGCCUACGAUGGGCAAAGGCCUGCUGGAAUGUUUUCCCUUGUUUAAGGAAGAUAUACAAAGGAUGGAUAAGGUGAUCCAAGCCUUGGAACAACCUCCGGACUGGAGUAUCGAAGACGAGCUUGUCGCAGACGAGGACUCCUGCAGAAUACAUGAAGCAGAGCUCUCCCAAACACUUUGUACUGCAGUUCAGAUUGGAAUUGUCAAUCUUCUUGCACGUUGGGGUGCAAAGCCUGACGCGGUAUUAGGCCACUCAAGUGGCGAGAUUGCGGCCGCCUAUGCUGCCGGGGCAAUCUCACUUGAAUCGGCAAUAAUAGUGGCAUAUUAUCGAGGGCAGGCAGUGAAAAGAGCACGAAGAGGGGCCAUGGCAGCUAUCGGCCUCAUGGCAGAAGAUAUCAAGCAAUACCUCGUGGAAGGUGUGGUGAUAGCUUGUGAGAAUAGUGCCCAAAGUACCACAAUAUCUGGGGAUAGCGAUAAGAUUGGUGAUGUGAUUGAGAAGAUUCAAUCUGACAAUCCAGACACAUUUGGUCGGCGGUUGCGGGUCGACAAGGCCUAUCAUUCCGAUCAUAUGGAGGAGGUCGGAGCCUUUUACGAACAAGCCACCCAGUCGCGCAUCCAGACACACAACGACAUGGUGCCCCUCUGGUCCACAGUGACAGGUUCCUUGGUCAGAGAUCCACAGGACUUAUUGGCAAAGUAUUGGCGCCAAAACUUGGAGUCCCCUGUGUUAUUCCGCCAGGCUAUGGAAGCAAUUCUGGAAGCCCACCAGCAGUCAGGACAUGUGUUUGUCGAAAUUGGAGCGCAUUGUGCCUUAUCAGGACCUAUCCGUCAAAUCAUGCAGAGAAGCAACUCGUCGAAGGCCACCUACGUUCCAACACUGACCAGGAAAAGGCAAGCUGAGGUCUGUUUAAUAGAAGCGGUGGGAUGCCUAUGGACACACGGUGUGCCAGCUGUUGACCUUCAAAGUGUUGUAGAAGACGGACAGAUGUUGACAAACCUACCCCCAUAUCCAUGGGAUCAUCGUGCAAAGUUACUUAACGAAAGUCGUCUCGUACAUCAGUGGAGAUUUCGUGCAUUUCCCCACCAUGAGCUUCUUGGCUCUAGGAUGUUUGGUGCCAGUGACUUGGAACCUAUGUGGUCAAAUCUUCUUCGACCUGACGAUGUUCCCUGGUUAUUUGACCACGAGUUAGCGAAAAGGAUUGUUUUCCCAGCGGCUGGUUUCAUAGCCAUGAUAGGAGAGGCGGUCCGCCAGAUUGACGGCUCUGAAAGCUAUUCUCUCCAAAAUAUUCUCUUAAAGGCUCCUUUGCUUUUAGCAGAGGGUCAAACGGUUGAGCUUGUUACAACUUUGAGACCUGUUAAGGUAUCAGACUUCCUUGAUUCACACUGGUAUGAGUUCACGGUCUCGGCGUAUGACGGUGAGGACUGGGUCAGGCAUUGCCAGGGACACGCCUGUGCUAGCUUUGAAAGCGAUAGGGAAACCAAGAAGGUGUCUCCAUUGAACCGCAGAGUAUGCUCUGAUACGUGGUACCGACUUAUGGCAACCCAUGGACUACGAUACGGGGAUCGUUUCAAGGGUCUACAAGAUAUAACAUCGGAUCCCACCCGGAAGAUGGCAACAGCCACAAUGAUCGAAGAUCAUACCUCGCAUGAAAGUCACUAUAGCCUACACCCGAACAUAAUUGACCAAUGUCUACAGAUUAUGAGUGUGGCAAUAUGUUCGGGUACGGUGAGUGUGUUUGACAAAGUGUCUGUGCCUUCUUUUUUUGAACGUAUCUGCGUCAGCUCUGGCAACGGGGAACUUGCUGUGGAGGCUGAUGCAUGCAAGUCAUCCACAAGUAUUACGACAGGAAAUGCUACAUUAGUGUCCGGACAAUCUCCCGUAUUGUCCAUUGAGGGUGCAGCAUUCUUCUCUGUCACUGAUAGUGGGGAGUCUUCGCAACAUGGCUUUCCGCUGGUGACUCGAACAAGGUGGGCACCAGACCUGGACCUCGUACCGCAGAAAGAGCUCCUCUCGUUUCGGCCUGUGGGAAGGGAUGGAAAGCUAUAUACAGAUCUAGUUUUAUGUUUGAUCUCAGAAGCCCACUACCGCAUCAAGGACAAGAUCCCCGCUACCGAGCAUCUAAAUAAAUAUAAAGAAAACAUUGCUAGAUGGGCGGAGGAUAUUAAAAACGGUGUCCCCCCGGCACCUCCAGAUGGACGGCGAUUUCUUCAACUGAGCAGUCGGGAAAGGAUGCGCCUCAUUGAUGAGCUUUCCGAAGAAGCUAAGAUGCGGGACCCGAAUGGCCCAGGUUUGGUUACCCUGACUAGCACAGUUUUAUCGCAUAUCGAGGAUAUUAUGGUUGGUUCGGAAUCUCCGCUGCACGUUCUCGUGGAUCAAGAUGGAUUAGCGGAUGCGUAUUACCAACCAGGGUCAUGGGCCUGUUGCCAGGAGCUACUGGUUUUGUUGAUGCACUCCAACCCCCGAAUGAGGAUAUUGGAGAUUGGGGCUGGCACAGGAGGAAGCACUACAGUCCUGCUAGAUCAUCUGCGCUCCCCCGACGGAGUUCCAAUGUAUGGGACCUACGUAUUUUCUGAUAUCUCUCCGGGAUUCCUGCAUAACGCGAAAGAAAAAUACAAGGACCAGAAAAAUAUGGACUAUCGCAUACUAGAUAUAAGCAAAGACCCGGUUUCGCAAGGCUUUGAAUGCGGGUCAUUCGAUGUUAUUGUCGCUUCUAAUGUCCUCCAUGCAACAGAGUGCCUCCAUACCACCCUGCAGAAUGUGCGCAAGCUUCUUACUCCCGGCGCGCUGCCGAUAUUUGAUUUUAUAACGGGCAUACUUCCCGGUUGGUGGAUAGGUGAGAAAGAUGGUCGUGCUGACAAGCCCUACAUAUCCCCCACUCGGUGGAAUACCGAACUUCUCAGAGCAGGUUUCACAGGUGUUGAAGCAGCAGAGUUUGACGACGAGGGAGUUAGUCGAUCUAUGGUGAACAUAGUGUCGCGGAGCCCAUUCAACCCCUCCCAAGCAACCGAUAUCACCAUUGUACACCGUGCUGGGGUGGGAGAAUGGGAGAACAAUGUAGCCCAAAGCUUCUCUGCAGCUGGCUACACAGUGCGCUGGAUAGCAUUUGAUGAGGUGUCCUGUCCUCCUACCUCAGGGAUUGUCUUUCUGUUAGACCAACCUGGACCCUUCUUGCAUGACAUUUCUGCUGAGCAGCACGAACGUCUCAAGAGAUACUUUGCAGAGAACCGGGAAGCAACUAUCCUAUGGGUUACAUCAACCUGCCAAACAAUUUGCCACGACCCUCGUUAUAGCCUUGUUUUUGGAUUGGCUCGGACAUUAAGAAAGGAGUUAGAGUUAAAUUUCAACACCCUGGAGAUCGACUCCUACGGCGCACUGGCAUCUGACAGCAUCGUCCGGGUCUACAAACAGGUCGAACGACACGACGACACUCAUGUCGUCCCUGAUAGUGAAUAUAUUUUGCAGGAUGGGAAGAUAAAUGUGGCCAGGUUCCAUUGGACGAACCUUGCGACAGAACUGUGUAGUAUGUCGAGUGAAGAUACUCCAAGGAAACUUUCAAUGACCAGCUGCGGUGUCCUUGAUACCAUGUACUGGAAGUCUGUGGACCUUCCCACCGUCGGGAAGGAUGAAGUCAUUGUCGACAUAAAGUUUGCAGCGUUGAACUUCAAAGACAUAAUGGUCUCAAUGGGAGUGUUCGGGCAGAUAGAAGACCUGGGCAUUGAAGGGAGUGGCGUGGUUGUCCAAACAGGAAGUGAUGUCCAACAUAUUUGCAAUGGUGACAGGGUAUUCUUCGUCGCCCCCGGUUCUCUCCAGACACGACGGGUGUUACCUGCCGGAAGGUGUCUGAAGAUUCAUGAAAGUCUUUCCUUAGAAGAUGCAGCCACGAUGCCUGCAGUGUUUGCGACAGCGAUCUAUUCUCUGCUACAUCUGGCCAGACUAAAAGAGGGCCAGUCCGUUCUCAUACAUUCUGCCACUGGAGGAGUUGGCCUGGCAGCUAUUCAAGUUUGCCAAAUGGUGGGGGCAAAUAUAUUCGCCAGUGUUGGAAACGAAAAUAAAGCGCAGCACCUUGUAGAUAUUUAUGGCAUACCUAGGGAUCAUAUAUUCAGCUCAAGAGAUGCCUCCUUUCACCCUGACCUUAUGCGCUGCACAGGAAAUAGGGGUGUGGACGUAGUUCUCAAUUCCUUAGGAGGCAAUCUCCUUCAUACAUCUUGGAAAUGCGUUGCGCCCUUUGGCAAAAUGCUUGAGCUAGGCAAGCGAGACUUCCUUGGGCAUGGCAUGCUCUCCAUGGAUCUUUUCAUGUCCAAUCGGUCAUUCUUUGGGGUGGAUCUUAACCAAUUCUUCGACGAACAACCUGAUGAGUUCCAUAACACUGUACUCGACAAGUUUCUGGAAAUGAUCGACCAAGGUCACAUACGCCCAAUUCAACCGCGAACUGUAUUUGAAGCCAGUGAUAUCAUCGGCGCCUUUCGAUACAUGCAGCAAGGGGUACAUAUGGGUAAAAUCCUCAUCAGGAUGCCCGAGUCACCUGGUCAUCUCCCACAGGUACAAGAUAAAAAGGACAUAGUAUUCAAGCCUGACGUAUCUUACCUGCUCGUUGGGGGCUUGGGUGGGAUCGGCCAAGCCGUCUCCCGAUGGAUGGCCUGUCACGGAGCCCGAAGUCUGAUAAUAUUUUCCCGUUCAGCGGGCCACUCAGAUGACUAUCAAGUGUUUAUUCGGGAGCUGGAAGCCAUCGGCUGUCAUGUCCACACUGUGAGCGGGGAUGUUACAUGUCUUCCAGAUGUCCAAAGCGUAGUGGAGAGCUGCAGCAGACCUAUCGCAGGUGUUAUCAACCUCUCCAUGGCCCUCAACGACCAUAUGUAUCUUGAAAUGUCGCAUGAUCAGUGGAUGGUACCGAAUAAGACAAAGGUUGAAGGGACAUGGAACCUGCACUCCGCAUUGCAAAACGUUGCAUUGGACUUUUUUGUGGUCUUUAGCUCCAUGGCUGGUCUCGUUGGUAACCCAGGCCAGGCAAACUAUGCUGCAGCAAGUGCAUUCUUAGAUUCCUUCGUACAAUACCGCCAUACUAGCGGCUUGCCAGCCUCGGUACUGGAUCUUGGUUGUGUGGAGGGUGUCGGUAUUCUGAACCAGAUGCCGCAUGUUCUGCAGAGGUUGCGAGCACUAUCGGUGCAUUUCAUACAGGAAUCUGAGCUAAUGGAAUCCCUGCACUUGGCCAUUGUGCGCUCCCACCCAGAGCUGCCCAAUGGGAAAGGCCUCGAGUCUGCUACUCUGGGCAUAGGGCUUUGUCCAACAAAGCCAUUCAGUCAGGUCCAUGACCUUCCCUUCUGGAGGACACUUGAUGCUCGUGCGCGUGCUCUUACCAAUUAUGACUCUUUUCAACAAUCGGAAAACGAUGAAGAGCCUGAUAGCCUUCAGGAGCUCAUGGGCGAGCUAGACGCUAAUCCCGCCAUGGUAUAUGACCCUGAAUUCGCAAAUCGGAUACGGAGAGAAGUUGGCCGGUUGGUCUCAACAUAUAUAUCCAACAAUGAAGAUAUGACCGAUGAGGAGAUUAGGAAUAUCAAGGUCGACUCGCUGAUGUCCAUUGAGAUCAGAAAUUGGACCCGGCGCCGACUCAACGUCGAUGUGGCAAUCCCAGAAAUCUCAAAAGCAGGGACAGUGGGGAGAUUAGGAACGCUGGUUGUGGAGAAGCUGAAGACCAAACACUUCCCCCACCAGCAGGAAUCUACAUAA